CUUACUUUCUUUUAAUAUAUUUUGUAAUAAGUAAAUAUAUUAAAUAGUAAACAAAAAUUUAAUACUUUUAUUAAGAAAAUUAACUUAUAACAGCUGGUUUAUAGAAUAACUACAAAUAAUUCAAUCAUUCUAUUAGAUAUAGUCAAGUUUUUAUAGUUUAAGCUUUUCUUCUCAUUGUUUUUUUGAGCGCUGAUAUGGGAAUAUAAAUUUCGUAAUGCUGCAGUUCUAAAAAAAGCAUAGUUAAUGAGGAAACAUUAUAACGAAAAACCAAAAAUUAAAUGCCAUUAAUUUCUGCUAAAAAGUAGCAAAAGGAAAAUUCAGUCAGAAGUAACUAAUCUUCUGGUAAAAUGGCAAGCAAUACUUUGAUCAAUGAGGCUUAACAUGAUUAAGCGCGAUCAGUUUAAGAUAAAAAUGCUAUUUUUACAGAAGACAUUUUGAGUAGAAGGAUAUUUCUAGCGGAUUUAAAGUAGUCUGAUUAGUAAAAGUAAUAAGAAAAAAUCACACAAUCUAUAAAAAUAAACGAAGAAUUAUAAAAAAGUCUUUCAGAUGUUGAUGAAUAAAAGGAAUAAAUAGACGAUUUUAACAGGGCUUUGAUAGUUCCUGAGGAUUAAAAUGAAUAAAUUAAAUAAAACUCUUAAGAGAUGCAGCAAUAUCCAUUAAAAAAAGUAAUAGAUUUGGAUAAAGUUCAUAUCAAAAGCAACUGUUAUAGAGAUAACUUUGAAAAAGUUUAAAUUCCUUUGCUAGAUAUGAUUAUUAGUGGCGAAAAAGAUUUAAAAGAAUUUGAUGAAGAGGACUCUAAUAGCGAUAGUGCUGAAGAAGAGAAUAAACGAGAUUCAAUAAAAAAAGGGGUUAAAUCUCUUCAAGCCCUAUAAAAUUAUGAAAGAGGAGAUGGUAGUUAAGACGGUUAAGAUGGAUAAGAUGAUGACGAAGAGGAAGAAGAGGAGGAGGAAAAUUCUGAUGAUGAAAGUUAUGAUUUAUUCGAUUCAGGUGGAGUAUUAGAAAGAAUCAUGAGAGAAAAUAGGCAUAAAAAAAAUGGUUUAGGUAUUGAUUCACAUAGCGGACAAACUUACGUUCUGAAAUAGUACUCACCAGAAGAUGUUUAAGAAUUGAUUUUUGAUUAUGAUUUAGCUCAAAGGAUAAAGUAAAUUUAGAUGCAAAACAACUGUUUUUGCAUGAUACAUGCUAUCCGUAAACAAAGUGAUGAGGGUCUUCUUAUAGUGCAAAACCAUGAAAAGGGAGGGUCUUUAUCUUUGUUUUUAGACACAGCAUUCAAUGAGAAAGAAGCCAAAAUUUGGAUGAUAAAAAUUUUAUAAGCUUUGCAGAUAUUACACGAAAGCCAUUUAGAGCAUGGGAAUUUAAAACCAAAUAAUAUACUUCUCGGCUAAGGACAGUUAAAGCUAACUGAUAUAAACAUGUUCAAAAACAAGAAACAUCUCCAUAAUCUUUACAGUGCACCAGAACUACUAUAGAGAGACUAGCUAACAGAAAAAUCAGAUAUUUGGAGUGCAUGCUUGAUUUUUAUAGAAAUGAGAACUGGUGUGAUGCCAUAUCUUGAAAAAGAUCCAGAUAUGACAGUAGAAAAACUGAAAGAAAAAAUUGAAAGAAUGGAGUUGAGAUUGCCAUUUGACAUUGAAACUUAAGAGUUCAUAAGAAUGAUGAAUAAUAUUGAUCCAAAUAAAAGAAAAACAGCAAAAGAGUUAUUGAAUUCGAGAUAUCUUAGAUGUGAAAAUCAUAAUUUCGAUAAGCAGUACUUAAACUAGCUAUAAAAAAAGCAAACUCUUAGGAAAUUAAAUAACACAAAAAAUUUUGAUCAAUCAAUGAUGAUGAUGUCUAAACCACUGCUUAGUGAGCAGUAAACUUUUAUGUAUAACAGCUAAAUUAAACCAGGCGGAAUACAAAAAGGGACUACAAUAAAUAUUGAUAAACUGAAUGAUAAAGGGACUAAAUAAUAUGGUAUAACAAGUGUUUUGACUGUUGUUAACAUAAAAGAAAGAGAUUUGUAAUAGCAGGAAUCUUACAUGCCAAUAUCUGUAGCUAAUUUGAUGACUACACAACUAACAAAUAACGGAAUGGUGAGUCAGCAAAUCUCCAACAAAGACAACAAAGAUGAUAGCUCAGGACCUAUUUCUUAAAACUUAAAACAAGAAAUUCAAUAUAGAAAAAGUGCUGAUUAUAAUAAAUAGGUGUCCAACAAUGUGCAGCAAUAGCAAUAAAAAUAGAUGCAAUAAGAAAAUAUUUCAAAAGUCCUUAAAUAAUGGAUUACUGUGAAGACAACAUUGGAGCAAUAGCAGGAGCAAGAUGAAAAAUAAAAAUAGUUUUAGAUGCAGUAAGAAAAGCUUAUCAACUAAAUAAAGCAAAGGGAGAACGAAGAAGAUGAUGAUGAGGAAGGUGAAGAUGAAGAAGAUGAUGAAGCAGAAGAUAAAAAUGGUGACACUUAAAAUAAUGGUUAAGUUAAUGAUUUAGAUCAUAAGUUAUAGUCGAAAAAAAGUGAAAUUAGAAAUAAUUAGAAAAAGUAAACAAACAAAAUAAAUUUAUAAAAUAACUUAAUUAAAGAAAAUGAAGCUAGAAUGAAAUAAUUAGAAAUAGAAUAAAAGUUAUUGGAUAUUCUUAAUUAAAAUUUAGGAGGGGAAGGAAAUUCAUUUGUUUCCGAUACAAGUUAAGAUUUAAAAAACUCUUUUAUUGAUGGUGGCAAAGUUAAGUAUAAAUCUUCAUUUUAAGAUCUUUCUUUGGUUUAAUCUGGUAAAGUGCCUUCUUCGUAAAUGAGGUUUGCAACAAAACUUCUUGAAAAAGCUUAGAAUCCUCAGAAAAAAGAAGGAGAUAUUAUUUCAGAUACAAAAUAGAUGUAAAGUAUAUAAAUUAUUUCGCCAAAGGAUGAGGAAGUUAACGCAAACAAUGCUGGUAAAUCGGCUGCAGAUUAAAUGAUAGAAGAAAUGAAUAGAAUUUUAAAUGAAGGAGUUACUGUUUUCAGCUAAGAGUCACUUGAUGAUUUAAAGAGGUAAAUCUCAACAUAAAAUUUUGUAGGUUUGAGAAGACUAUUAACAAUAAGUUCUUAGCAAAAAACAAGCAACUCACUCAAGACAUUAAAAACUCUAGGUAACUCAAAUGCAAAACAAGGAAAGUGCAAAACUGAAAAUAGUCCCAUGAGAGAUGAAGAAUAAAAAUAAUCAUCCAGACUUUAGGUUGACGACUAAGGCUACUAUUUCAUAGAGGAUUACAUACAAAAAACAAAGAAUAUAAAAAAGGAUGAGAAAGCUGAAAAAAUUAAUACAUCAAAAGAUAUUAAAAACACUAGUGUUAAUAAUUUUACAUAAAAUGAUGAAACAAAAUAAGAUGAUAAAAAAUAAGAAGAAGAUAACUAAGACCCAGAAUACCAAAAAUAAUUGCUUUAAUAAGAAAUAGAAUAGAAAUUAUUAGAUAUUUUAAAUUAAAAUGGAGACUGUGAAGAAGGUUCAUUCUUAUAAGCCAGCUAUGAAAUAAUAAAAACAGAUGAUAAAAAUAACUAAGAAGAAAAUAAGAUUCCAUCAAUUAAUUAAAAUAUACUAACAUAAAAGCAAGAUGCUUAUCAAAAAUAGUAAAGUACUAAUUCACUCAGAAUCAUUAAAAUGAAAUCAAACAUGAAUUCAAAUACUAAAACACCUGAGCAAAUCGCUGAUGAAAUGAACCGUAUACUCAACGAAGGUAUUUCAGCUUUCAGCUUGGAGUCAUAUGAAGAGAUCAAAAGAUAAAUAUCUACUUAAAACUUUAACACUCUAAAGCGAACACUUUCAAAUAAUAAACAGUUAAGAACGCUAAACUCCAUAAAAACUUAAAAAACUUUACAAAACUCCUCCAUAAUAAAUAAAAGCCUAAACUCAAAUAAUUUGGGUUAAAAUAAAAUUAAAAUAGAUUUAAAUUCUUAAGAAUGAUUGAUUGAUCAUCUAUGAGUUAUUUAUAAAAAAUCCAAAUUAAUUUUUGAAUAAAUUCGAUAUAACAUAUCAAAGAAAGCAUAAAGAAAAAAUUCAUAAAAAGGAGAAGUAAGCUUUAAAUAACUAAAUAAAAAAAUAAAUGAAAAAUAAAAUACUCUAAUCUAAAUAUAGAUUUACUUUAAAAAACCAAUUUAUUUUUACUAACACGAAUAUAUUUUAAAUUUAAAAACAAGUUGAAAAUUAUCAAUAAAAAUAUUGUUAAUUAUUAAUAUUAAUAUUAUUAUUAUUAUGAUGGAAAACAAAUUUGUACAUAAAUAAAAAAAAAUUUUGAGAAUUGUAGUAUUUAUAAGAUC